ACCCGAUCCAACUUAAAUAUCCAUUUCAUCGAAGUCCUCACCCUAAUUCCUCUUGUCUGGAUCGCUCGCUCCCGCGAUCUCGUCACCACCGAUGUCAGCUGCGGCGAGCUUCUGAGGCCUCAUCCGAGCACCGUCGUCCAAAAAGCUGGGGUUAGGGUUUUCGAUUCCCAGAGCUAGGGUUUCCCUUCUGCUUCUCUCUCAUCUUCGCGAUGUCUCGGCAGUCAACAACCGCGCAUUUCCACAAAUCCAAGACCCUCGACAACAAAUACAUGCUUGGAGAUGAGAUUGGGAAGGGAGCUUAUGGGAGGGUUUAUAAAGGUUUGGAUUUGGAGAAUGGGGAUUUUGUGGCGAUUAAGCAGGUUUCAUUGGAGAACAUUCCACAAGAGGAUCUCAGCAUUAUAAUGCAAGAAAUUGAUCUGCUAAAGGUACUUCCUUAAUCACAGCAAGAUAGGCAUCAGAACCUCUUUCUUUCACAAAAUAUAUUGCACAAUA